AUGCUACAUUACAGAACAAAAGAGCAAAAGAUAGAUUUGCCACAUAGUUUUUUAGAAGGCGCUUAAAUAUAGAAAAUUUUAUGCUUAGAGUUAUAAAAAGUAUGGAUUCUGUUUACCUCUGGAGCAUAUUAAGUAUGGAAUUUAAAUCACAAGACAAAAUAAUGUGAAGGUUAGAUAUCUGCAUAAUCUAAGAAUCACACAAUAUUAAAUGCCUUUAAUAUAGCCUACAUAGAUUUACUGGAGUCAAAGCUUAAAAUUUUAGAUCUACAAGCAAACCAAAUUAACUAAAAAAUCAAUAUGGAUUUACCCACAAUAACAGCAAGAAAUGAGUAAAAGCCAUCAGGAAGCGGAAGUGUUAACAAUAACAUUCCUUAACAAAACUAGCAAAAAUUAUAAUUAAUGGUAGAGGAAAACACUUAAUUAAUAUCGCUACCACAGCAAAGUCUAUUGAUAUUAUGCGAGCAGCGCACAAAUUUAAAGGGAUAAUUUGAAUACAUAAUAACAGUUAUUCAGCUAGAGAUAUUUCCAUAGUUUUUUUCCUAAUUCAUUUAUACUUCACAGCAACUUUGUUUAAUCAAACCUCUCAAUAAAAAGGAUAGCCUUAUUCUUUGGCCUAAUCUUGUAGAAAAUACUUAAAUGUCCUUUUUAGUAUGGAAUGUCUUAAAUAAAGAAAAAGGCUGUCUUUCUUUAAGUUUCAAGGAGCCUUUUUCGGGGUGUGCUGUAGAUGCUACCUCAUGGGGAUCAAAUAAAAUUGCAUUCUGGAUAAAUGGGAACACUUACUCCAAGCCUGAAAUGAAAAUUUUAAAUAUAAAAGAUGGGCAAGAGUUCAAGGGUUUGAUUGAUUGCUAUUCUCAAAAUGGAGAUAAUGAUUCUGCUUGGCUUUUGGCAGAUGUUUACCAUAUUGAUACAGAGAAGAAUUUUGCUGUAAUCUAAAAGAUAGAUGAAAACACAAGCAGCUUAGAUAUAAUUUCACUAGGAAAGUUUAAAUGCAGUCAUUCAAUACCUUAUGAUAGCAGUAGUUAAUAAAAUACACAAUUUGCAUUUAGUUAAGAUAGCAAAUAUUUUAUUUAAUACACACAGUAGCUGUUUAACUCAGGAAAUGACAUUGAAAUUAUUGUGCAUACAUUUGAACCAUUUAUUGCAAACACUCGUAUAAGAGCAAUGUUUUUAAUGGAAAAAACAGGCCUUCUUGCUUAAUAUGAUGAACAAGUAAUUAGAAAAGCUUUAAGCAUGAUAUAUCCAAAAAAUAAAAUUUGA